UUUGUUGUGGAUAUCAGAUUACUGGCAUUUGUGAAACACUUGUGCUGCACCGAGUGAGACGAAAGAUAAGGAAAGUCAGUCUCGCAGCAACUAACGUGACCAUGGCACGAGAAGUAUCGAGUGAAGAGGAUGGAAUCAAGAAAGAGAAAUGGAAAUUUAGCUCGAUAUUUUCGUCGUCAUGUGGCGCCACGGUCUUCAUGGCUCUUUAUGUUUCAACUGCGAUUUUCAAUCUGUAAGUUUUCCCAUGUAGAUGGAUGGAAAACCGUGGAUAGGCUUGUUAUAUCUAUUGUUGCCGCUACUUAUCUCUCUCUCUCUCUCUGUCUGUCUCAACUCUGUUCGUUGUAAAUUUAGUUACGGAUUGAUGUACCCUUUAACGAAAAUCAACCUAAACGACUUUCAGCCCAACUCUUUUAUUCAUCCACUCUGGGAUACGGAGGCGAAAAUGGGCAUAAAAGUUUACCUAUCUAUGAAACCCCUAUUCUACCCAGAAUUUGUAAAAUCAGAAUUUGAACCAACUGCUGAAGAAGAAGAAAUCCCAAAGGAGACUAUUCUGUUGUGGCAACAGCCGUUGGACAAAGCGUCGCUUUCUAAAACUUUUCUCAUAUCUAGCCUAGAUUGUAUUGGCGAGGAAAACGAUGACGGCAGUGCUUGUGAUAAAGAAGGCGGUGUUAAUGUCGAUCCAUCCCUUAAAUUUGCUCGAGAGUGGUUAGAUACUCAAGACAGAGCGUCGAUGGAAGACGACGGAAGUAUCUUCUCAACAAUACAAUCUGCUGCUGGACAAGGAAUUGAAUCUACCUCGAUACUUUUGACCAUUGGACAAGGAAUUUCGAACAAAUUUAAUUCUUUGUUUCAAACUUUGGGAUUGGUUGAGGACAAAACGAAUGAUGAUGACACCGCUAGUCGUAAAGGUGUUCUGGAACGAACAAAUGUGCACCUACCGGUAUCUUCUCCGAUUUGGUCGCAUCUCAUGAACAAUUCGCCAUUAUACGUGCACGUCUUGCUUGUUCGCGAGCAAUUUUACUUGGAUGGGCCUGAUGUAACAUUGAAAGAAGCUUCGAAGGCACUAGCACAAGCCAAUACACUGCAUUCUUUGUUGGUGGGCAAAGUUUCUCUGGUGAAAUAUGACACUCCCUCUCAUCUCGGAAGGCCUGACAGAAUUUUACUUUGGGAUUUAGCUUUCUUGUUUCGAAAAUAUAUUCUACAGGAUCGAGAACUUGGGCGACCUCCAUGGGAAAUGGAGACUACCAAACCUGAAUAUUUCAAAGCAUAUCAGCAAAUACAGCAAAUGAAAAUAGAGGGACGCAAAUACCCAUAUUGGAAACCGGAAGUUGCUGUUAAGUAUCUGAUUGAUGAAGAUUCUUAUCCAUCGGACUACGCCGGCAUUUCGGGCAUGGUGAGUGUGUCUUGUCAUUCGCAGCUUCUUUCGAGCAUGGUCUCGACGCUUGAUUGUGACUCCAGGUUCUGUUGUUUGCCAAUUGUUCUGACACCACUUGUUGUGUUGAACGUUAAUCUUCUGUGUAGGAAUUUGUACGUGUGAAAAGGACCCAAGAGCACCCUACUGGGUAUGCGCAUAUCCCAGCCCUGUACGUUGACGAAAUCGGGCUUACUAGUGACAAAUAUAUUCCUCUCAACCAAACCGUUACGAGUCUUCCACUGCGCAUUUCAUUCGAUCGCAGUGAUAUGCAGGAUGAAGAGCAUCGUCAAGGUGCCACUGCGACCGCGGGAGGAAUAAGUCCUGCAAGGUGGCGCCUUCUAAACCACUUGUCGAAGAGCUUGGAGAAUCAACGAGAACUUGGAUUCGAGCAAUCCGAUAUUGACGAUAUGCGACGGCUGAUUGCGGAUACGAACGUUACCUUAUUGGCUAUCACUGUCCUGGCAAGUGCAUUGCAUAUGCUCUUUGAAUUUUUGACCUUCAAAAACGAAGUACACUUUUGGAACAAUAACUCUGAUUUGACGGGACUCUCUGUUAGAUCGCUUUUUCUGGAUUUGUUUGGUCAGAUCAUCAUCAUUCUUUAUUUGAUCGAACAAGAAACAUCGUUUUUAAUGACGAUCACGGCGGCUUUUGGAGUACUGGUUGCUUUUUGGAAAUGCCACCGAGCCGCUGGGUUUGCUUUCGUGCCUCUUUCGGAGGAAGAAAAGGGACAAAAAUCCUCCAUUAUAAAUUUCCUGCCACGACUGUUUGGUUACCAAUUCAAAGCCCAGAGACUCUCGUCCAAGGCUGGCAGCAAAGACGAGAAAGGAAGCGGCAGCAAAGGGAAAACAAAAUCGAGUGCUUCCGAUCUCGAGACUCUGACUCUCGAAGCCGAUCGCCAAGCCACGGUGUGGCUGGGUUCUGCCUUGCUUCCUAUGGUUUUUGGAUACACAAUUUACUCUCUCGUUCAGCAAGAACACGCUUCGUGGUAUUCGUGGUUCAUAACAUCUGCUAGCAGUGGAGUUUAUGCAUUUGGAUUUGUCCUGAUGACUCCACAGCUCUUUCUCAACUACAAGAUGAAGAGUGUUGCCCAUUUGCCUUGGCGUGUGCUUGUCUACAAAAGUCUGAAUACUUUUAUCGAUGAUCUCUUCGCAUUUAUCAUCCGAAUGCCUACAAUGGCUCGCAUGAGUUGCUUUAGAGACGACAUUGUGUUUUUCAUAUACCUUUAUCAACGGUGGCUCUACCCAGUUGAUGCUUCUCGACCAGUGGAAGGUGGAGGAGAAGGGGAAUCUGCGGCCGAAACUAAUGUUUCUGAUGCCAAAAAGAAUCAGUAGGGAAUGAAUGGAGAAUCCAAAUUGAAAAGAAUUCGAACGUUAUCGAGAAAUAUAUAGUACUUAACUAGAUAAUUACGAUCUUGUCGUGGUCAAGGAAACGGUGCACUUUUGUGUUUGUUCUAACAUCAGGUACAGCAAGUUAGCCCUGUGUUCAUAAAAACCUUCUUGCUCA